AUUUCAGACAUCUCUCUCUCUAAAACCUCUCGACUUUUGUAUCACUCUGAUACAAUCUACUCUCUUUCUCUCUCUCUCACUAGAAAUUAGCUGAAAGCAAGCAGGGCAUCUUGAACUCGGUCAGAUCUUGAACCUCACAGCUUCAAAAGCUUCAUUGUGGAAUAGACCUCACUUUCUCUCACCGUCGGCAUCGAAGAUCACUUUCUCUUGCUUAAUCCGAACAGUUCCUCACAUCGAUCUUUCAACAAUUAAAGAUCAGAACUUGGGAUUGAACUUUGAAAUUAUGUGUUUGUCAAACAUUUUGGUGUAUAUGGGACCGGUUUCACGAAUACUAGCAAGUAGAUAAUGUAUAGACAAUGACAAAUAAGGGAUUUUGGUAAUGUACUGUAGUUGAAGUGACUAAUAAUGGAGGAAGGCAACAGAGGGGAUUUGCAAGGGAAUGUGGUGAAUCAGUCGUGGUUAAGGUCAAGUGGCAGCUUCAAGUCCACUUUGUCGGGAAAAUCAUCUCCUAGAAAUUCUCCGACAUUUCGAAGAUUGCACCCUAUUAGAACUCCACGAAGAGAGGGCAGAAGUAGUGGGGGCAGUGCUCAGUGGUUUAGGAGUAAUCGGUUGGUAUUAUGGUUGCUUUUAAUCACUCUUUGGACUUAUGCUGGAUUUUAUUUUCAGUCGAAGUGGGCUCAUGGGGAGAAAAAGGAAGGUCUAUUUGGUCUUGGAGCUAAACCAAGUGAUGGAAAGUCUGACUCUGAACAGAAUAACCGACGAGAAUUGAUCUCAAAAGAUGAUUCCUUGACUGUUAAAAAUGGAACUACUGGAAAUUUUUCCAAUUUGACGGACAUAAAUGUGGUUUUGGCAGAAAAGGAGAAUGGUGCUACAUCUCGUGGGAGCGCAUCUUCAAAGAAGAAAAGCAAGAGAUCAAAACGUAGUCCGCGUAAGAAGACACGUCCUAAGCAAAAAGCAGUAGGGGAGGUUGAAAGCAGUGACACUGAGGUACAGGAAGAGGAAAUUCCUAAGAAAAACACGUCUUAUGGGCUACUUGUUGGUCCAUUCGGUUCAACGGAGGAUAGAAUUUUGGAAUGGAGUCCUGAGAAGCGAUCAGGAACCUGUUACAGGAAGGGGCAGUUUUCGCGUCUCGUUUGGUCAAGAAAAUUCGUUUUGAUAUUCCAUGAGCUUUCAAUGACUGGGGCGCCACUGUCAAUGAUGGAGUUGGCUACAGAACUUAUGAGCUGUGGGGCCACAGUUUCUGCUGUAGUUCUCAGUAAGAGAGGUGGGUUGAUGCCAGAGCUUGCUAGGAGAAAGAUCAAUGUUCUUGAGGACAGAGCAGACCUCAGCUUCAAAACGGCCGUGAAAGCCGAUCUUAUCAUUGCAGGAUCAGCAGUCUGUGCAUCAUGGAUUGAACAAUAUUUUAAACAUGCUAGAGCUGGUUCAAGCCAAAUUGCUUGGUGGAUCAUGGAGAACAGACGGGAGUACUUUGAUCGGUCAAAGCUUUUUCUCAACCGGGUGAAAAAGCUGAUUUUUCUUUCUGAAUCACAGUCUAAACAAUGGCUAGCCUGGUGUGAAGAAGAAAACAUUAAGUUAUAUUUUAAGCCUGCACUUGUCCCACUUUCUGUCAAUGAUGAACUGGCUUUUGUAGCAGGCAUUAAUUGUUCACUAAAUACUCCCUCAUUCAGCACUGAGAAGAUGCUCGAGAAAAGGCAGUUAUUGCGAAGUUCAGUUAGAAAAGAGAUGGGUUUGAAAGAAAAUGAUGUGCUCGUGAUGUCUCUAAGUAGCAUAAAUCCUGGAAAGGGGCAGCUCUUGCUUCUUGAAUCCGCACUUACGAUGGUUGAACCAGAAUCUUCUCUAUACAAUUCUGGAAUCAAAGUUUCAGUGGAAGGAGGCCAAAGCCAAUCUAAUUUGACUGGAGGUCAUCAUUCAAGGGCUUUGCUUCAAAAUGUGAAUCAACUUGGUGAAGCUUCUGAUGGAUUACACCCAUCUAAAGAAUCUUCUAUUAAUUUAGUUCGAUCUAAGGAGGGAAAUUUGUGGUUAGCUGAUCUCUUGACCUCCAUCGAUGACCCUAGUGCUCUGCUGCCUGACAGCAGUGUCAAUGUAAGAAAACUGUUAUCUGAGAGUGAAGGAAUGCAGGAACAGAAUCUCAAGGUUCUUAUCGGUUCAGUUGGAUCUAAGAGCAACAAGGUACCGUAUGUCAAAUCAAUGCUCAGAUUUCUAUCUCAGCAUUCAAACUUGUCAAAGUCGGUGCUCUGGACUCCAGCAACUACACGUGUUGCUGCACUUUACUCUGCAGCAGAUGUAUAUGUCAUAAAUGCCCAGGGACUUGGAGAAACAUUUGGGAGAGUGACAAUUGAAGCAAUGGCAUUUGGUCUUCCGGUGCUCGGGACAGAUGCUGGAGGCACAAAAGAGAUUGUUGAGCACAAUGUAACAGGUCUUGUUCAUCCUCCGGGGAAUCCGGGAAUUCAGGUUCUUUCUGACAAUCUCCGAUUUUUGCUUAAAAACCCGUCGGCGAGGCAGGAAAUGGGGAUGAGAGGAAGGAAAAAGGUGCAGAAGAAGCAUUUAAAGCAGCAGAUGUACGAGAAACUUGCACAAGCUAUGUACAACUGCAUGAAAAUCAAGUAAAAUCUACUGCUGAACAUCUUGCAUUCUUUUCCUGGUCUGGGUUUUGUGUACUUGCCGCAGUGUUGAUUCGGAUCAAUCCGCCAGAUUAAUUUAUUGAUCAUUAAGUUAUCUUUUUCAUCAGAUAAUAAAUGUGUUUGAUUAAUUUAAAGCUUGGAAAUUUUUGUUGUU